AUGGCAGCACUCACCAGGUUCAUCAGCAAGUCCGCAGACAAGUCUCUCCCCUUUUUCCAGGUGCUAAAGGGAAACAAAACAUUUAAGUGGGGAGAGGAGCAAGAGAAAGCAUUCAAGGAGGUGAAGAACCAUUUGAAAAGCCUCCCAACCAUAGCCAGACCAGAAGUGGGGGACAUAUUACAGCUAUACAUCUCUGCCUCCAAGAAAACUGUAGCAGCAGCUCUGGUAGUCGAGAAGGAUAAAAUCCAGCAGCCAGUCUACUUUGUCAGCCACAUCCUCAACCCAGCAGAACAGAGGUACCCCCUGAUUGAAAAAAUGGCCUUCGCCAUCAUGAUAGCUGCCAGAAAAUUGAAACCAUACUUUGACGCGCAUAAAGUGCAAGUGUUGACUAAUCAGCCUUUAGAGAAGUCAUUGCAGAGGCUAGAUACCUCUGGUAGACUCCUGAAAUGGGCAGUGGAACUCUCAGAAUAUGACAUCGAGUACAAACCCAGAACCGCCAUAAAAGCACAGGCACUGGCAGAUUUCAUUGCAGAGGCAUCAUACGAGGAGGAGGAAGAACCAUUGGGGACUUGGCAGAUCUCAGUAGACGGCUCCGCCGCAGUCACAGGGUCGGGCGCAGGUAUCAUAAUGGUGUCACCAGAAGGCAACAUUUUCGAAUAUGCUAUAAAAUUUAAAUUCAAAGCUUCAAAUAACGAAGCAGAGUAUGAGGCGGCAAUCGCAGGAAUCCAGAUGUGCAAAGCAGCAGAUGCUAAGAAAAUAGUGCUCAAAACCGAUUCACAGCUGGUGGCCAGCCAAUAUAGAGGCGAAUAUGAAGCCAGAGAACCGUCUAUGCAGAGGUACUUGGCCUUGAUGAAAGAAGCAGUAGCCCAGCUAGAAAGCUUUGAGAUUCAACUGGUUCCCAGGGCAGAAAACAGUCAAGCAGACGCCCUAUCUAAGUUAGCAAGUUCGACAUUACAGGACUUGGAAAGAACAGUGAUGGUAGAGGUCCAGGAAGAAAAGAGCAUUGACAAAAAGCCUGUAGUCAACUUCAUUGACACUGAGCCACAGUGGUAUGACAGUAUAGUCUCAUACAAGCUGGGAAGGGGCCUUCCCACGGCAGAGCAAGAGCAGAAAAAAGUAAAACGAAACGAGCAUUGGUUCGUCAUUUACCAGGGUAAACUGUACAAGAAAUCAUUUUCGUUGCCACUGCUGAGAUGCAUAUCAGCAGAGGAGUCGCAACGAGUCAUUGAAGAAAUACACGAAGGAAUAUGUGGAAACCACAUAGGCGGCAGGACAUUAGCCUUGAAAGCUCUCAGAGCAGGAUAUUAUUGGCCAACCAUGGUAAGUGACUCUCAAGCAUAUGUUAAAAAGUGCGACAAGUGCCAGAAAUUCGCCCCAGUGAUCAACCAACCCUCUAAUGACUUACAGCCAAUCAUCAACCCCAUACCAUUCGCCCAGUGGGGAAUGGAUAUUCUGGGACCAUUCACAGCAGCAAGCGGGGGAAGAAAAUUUCUGAUCGUGGCAGUUGACUAUUUUACUAAGUGGAUCGAAGCAGAGCCCACUAAAAGCAUAACAGCCAAACGGAUGAAGGAUUUCAUCUGGAAGAACAUUGUGACAAGGUUCGGCAUCCCAGAAAGUUUGGUCUUCGAUCAUGGAACACAGUUCGACUGCACUCCUAUAAAGGAUUAUUGCGCUGAACUAAGAAUAAAAUUCGCAUACGCAUCUGUGUGCCAUCCCCAGAGCAAUGGUCAGGCAGAGGCAGCAAAUAAACAAAUCCUGGGAGCACUGCGAAAGAAGGUAGAAGAUUUUAAGGGUGCAUGGGCCGACCUUAUUCCAGAGAUCUUAUGGUCCAACAGGACCACUGAAAAAGAAGCAACAGGAGAAAGUCCUUACAAACUAGCUUUUGGGGCUGAGGCGGUCCUGCCUGUCGAAGUGGGUCUACCUAGCUUUAGAGUGCAGUACUAUGAGGAAGGCACUAAUGAGCAGCGUAUGAGAGAAGCGUUAGAUCUCUUACCAGAAGUCAGGCUGCAAGCAGAGCUCAAGUUGGCAGCAAACAAAGAAAAAAUGAGCAGGGCAUACAACAAGAGGGUAAAGCACAGACCCAUGCAGGUGGGGGAUCUGGUCCUCAGAAGAACAGCUGCCACUGGAAAGGGAAAGGCAGAGGGAAAAUUCACUGCCAAUUGGGAAGGACCUUACCAGAUCACAAAAGAAGUAGCCCCAGGCUCGUACCAUCUAAUGACGAUGGAAGGAAGAGAAUUGAAGAACAGCUGGAACGCCAACAUGCUAAAGAAAUACUAUGUAUAG